GUCCUGCGUGGCAGCCAUGUUGAAGCCGUGUUGUUGGCUCUCGUACUGCAGCAGCUGACUCAGCAGACUGAACGCCAACUGCAGGUCGCUCCCGUGAACAACCGCCUUUUGACUGGUCCUGCAGCAUUGCAGCAAUCCUGAGAUCAAAGGUGUUUGCAGUCGGGGUGGAAGAGGGAGAGACAGAGCUGCUACUGCCCACAGACAGCUGCUGGAGCCCGGGGAGCUCUGCAGGAGAGAGCCGAAGCUUCUGGAGGAAUAAACAGCCGAAGCGUGCUGGAUUCUGCUCUGAUCUGGAGACGAUUACACUGUUUAUCUUUUAAACUUCUGAGAUUAAAAAGUGGAUUUAUCCUCACUCUCUGUUCUCAACCUGUCUACUGUGAGCCACAGAUGUGACAGUACAAUUUAGUGCAGUAUUAUAGAGUAUAAAACAGUGGGUAACACUUUAUAAUGAGUACACACUAUUAAGCAUUAGUUAAGCAUGAAUAAAUAAUGAAAUCAUCAUUUAUAAUGCAUGAAUACACAUUAGUAUGUAGUUUAUAUGUGACAAGUUGUAUAUAACAAUUUAUUCAUACAUACAAUUUAUUUUGAGUUAAAACACAAUUCAUCUGAAAAGCUCAUUUCAGUUUGAUAUUAUCACAGUUAUUAUAGUAUCUAUUUUAAAAGAUGUAAUUUCAUUUAUGGUAGUUGUGAAUGUAUAUGAAGAAUAUGCAACGAGUGAGUAACACCAAGAAGAGGAAUGCAGAUAGGUAAUACAAAUCUUUAUCUGUGUGGUUUAAUGGUUCGUCGAUCUGUUGGUAAUGCCUCGGGGCUCCAGUAGGGGGAUCGCGCUCCUCUUCCUCAUUCAAUACAGACGAGUGAAGGAAAGAGCUGCGUGUGUGUUUUCCUCAUCCUUCUCCCGUUACUAUUCCCCUUUUUAAGGUAAUUACCAUUUGCAAAGCACUGUAUACUUAUGAACACAUGUCGAUAGCAUUUUUCUUUAUGUUACUCUGUUACUGUAAAUGCAUGGAAAAGACGUUUUGUUAGACUUAUUUGUUGUUUAGUUUCUUGCUAAUUCAGACGUGUAAGCUAGCAGUCGGAUACCUCGUGGCCACGCCGUAGAGUCUGAAUGUUGACAUUGGUGUUUAAGUGUGUUACUGUUUCAUUUAUAUAUUUAUAUAUUUGUGUCUAGUUCAUGUCAUAAUGACGAGAAUUGAUGAGUCAACAUGUUAAAAAAUACAUUUCAUUAUUCAAAAGUUCCAUGAUAAUUUAACUUGUUAAAAACAUAAUUUACAUGUCGUGUGUAUUUGAUUAAAACAAUAAUUUAGAUAAUUUAGAACAUGUUAAAAAGACACAUAUGAUAUUUGUGGUCCUAAAACUGAGUGUGCAUAUGUAUACAUUUGUCUGUUGUUCGUAUGCAUUGUUUAAAAUAAGAUUCAAUACAGACGAGUGAAGGAAAGAGCUGCGUGUGUGUUUUCCUCAUCCUUCUCCCGUUACUAUUCCCCUUUUUAAGGGUACAACAUUUGGAGGCACCGCUGGGAUGUUUGGCUUGAGGACCAUCCCUGAGAUCUAAGUGGAAUCCUCGCGUCCAUCAUCCCUUAAAACAACCCAGGCAUCAGAGAGAAGAGUCGGACAAGGCGGUCAAGGUGGUCUUCAGACAUGUACUGGCAACUUGUAUCCUGAAGUGAGCAAAAGUGACCACUAGGGAGCAGCAAAAAACCAAUUAAGUCAGAUAGACCUUUACUUUACUGCUUGUGCCAACUCUUCUGAUAAAAUGGAGUCUGAAUUGGAGAAGCUGCAACUGGAGAUUAAAGGAACAUUGUACCAACUGACUGUCAAACAGCUGAUUAAAGUAUGCGACACACUUCAGAUUUUGGGACCAGGAAUAGAACACGUGGCUGGUAAAACUCGCAGUCAGUUAAUUUCUCAUGUAAUAGAGUAUCUUGAGCGGGAAGAACUGGCCGACCUGGAGGAUGAGGGUAUGUCAGACCUCCUUAAUGUUCAGGACAUAAUAUACAAAGUCCAUAUGACAACAAACCUAAGUGAAUGUGAAAUCCUAAGUCAAACUGAUGAACAGGAAAACCUUCAGAAAGAGGUAGAGGCGCUGAGGCUGUCACUGAAAGAAAAAGAGGAUGCAAUGCAUGGCUUAAUGAAAUCAAGUACGAACACCCCUGUCAGUCCCAGCAAAACAGCAAAGAAUAUGGCCCCAGCACCGUCUAAUGGUUCCAUGUGGCGCAAAGAUUUUAAGAUAUCUGGCCAGAUAGGUGAGCCAGGGCAAAAGGAUAGGCUAACCUUUUCUAGUUUAGCCCGACAAAUUGAAAGUGGGCUCAGCAAAGACUAUCCAGAGUCAGAGAUCAUUGAUGCUGUAAUCCACGCCAUCACACCAGGUCUGCAAUUGCGAAGUUACCUUGAAGGGAAAGACAAACUUACCCUGCCUGCCCUUCGCAGAAUUCUCAGAUCUCAUUACCAGGAGAAAGCUGCCACAGAGUUAUAUAAACAACUCACCUCUGAGGUUCAAAACAGUAAGGAGACCCCUCAGAAUUUCCUGAUAAGAGCAAUGGACCUGAGACAGAAGAUCCUGUUUGCUUCUCAGGAAGCUGACUCAAGUCUAAAAUAUGACCCAGCACUAGUCCAGAGUCUAUUCAUGCACACUGUUCUAACUGGCCUUCAGAGUGACAAUAUUAAGAGUGACCUGCAGCCUUACCUCCUCCAAACGAGCACUUCAGAUGAGCUGCUGCUGGAGAAACUGAACAUUGCAUGCAGCAACGAAAAAGAGAGGCAGGACAAAAAGAAACAUGCUGCUCCAUCACGUGUAACUACUGUGAAUACAGUUCAGUCAAGCGAACCUCCAGUGGAAAAGAAAAGCACCAUCCCACAACGCACAGCUACACUUCCUCCAGAUCUGCUUUCUGAGAUAAAAGAAAUGCGCUCUGACAUGGUGCUGUUGAAGGACUUGAGAGCUGAGGUCUCCCAGAUCAGGGAAACCAUCCAAAGAUCCACACCUGCACCCCCACAAUAUCCCCAACCAAACAGAGAACCAGCAAAUAUGCCUGCCCCAUAUCCAGUGUUCUUCCCCCCACAGCCCCCACAUUGUAACAAUGAAUCAGAUCCCAUGCCCUUUUACCAACAGCAGUCACCAACAGCAGUGCAGGAGUACCGACCAGUAUUUGGUCCUGGGCGAAUGAGGGAGACAACUCAGUUUCAGCAAAGGUUUGCACCUCAGCGGUUCUACCCAGCACCACGCUCUCGCCCAAGGUGUUUCUCUUGUAUGCAAGCAGGUGAAGAGUACUGUCAGCAUUGCUUUAAGUGUGGAAGCAGUGAACACUUCAGAGCAGGUUGUAAAGCACAGAGAUCAGUAGAGCCAGCUAGGAAGAGUCCUUUAAACUAAGAGGGGUUGCUCCCACGGGACAUGGAGUAACCAGUAACAUAGAUAAGUCCCAAGUUUGCACAAGUUGUGAAGAAGAAAAAGGAAGUGAGGAACUAAAAUGUUGUUCAGUUUGUAAAACCACACUGUACUGCUCAAAAGAGUGCCAGAGAACCCAUUGGCCAGCACACAAAAGACACUGUAAGCCUUCUGCAUGUUCAAGUAUUAAGAAAAAGGCAACUCAGUCAUGUGAGAAAGUUAAAUGCAAAGAAAGUAGUGCUCCAGAGAAAACACCUACUGUAAGAGAGCUAGUAGGGAAGAAGUGUGUAAUCAGGUGUUUCCUGCACAAACAAAAGAUUCAGGCACUUUGGGACACAGGUUCACAGGUUUGUGCUAUAGACGAACAAUGGAAAAGAAGCCAUUUACCUGAUGUGCCACUCAGAGAUGUAGCAGAGCUAGUCGACCCACUUGAUCCGUUACAAAUUGAAGCAGCCAAUGGGACAGAAAUGCCAUACAUCGGCUGGCUUGAAGUGUCCUUUAAGCUCACCGCUAGUGAUCAUGAGUUGCUAAUACCCAUGCUAGUGCUAAGAGGCAACCAACAACAGUGUCCCAUUAUUGGCUUUAAUGUUAUUGAACGCCUUGUCCUAGAUAGCAUGCAAGAUCAGACAAAGCAAGGAGACAAAGAGAAACUCGUGAAGGCUGUAAAAAUGGCUUUUCCUCAUCUCAGGAAGAACAAAGCAAAAACCUUUAUUAAUGCAGUGAGUGUAGGGCAAGAAUGUGAUCAUAAUGUAAGGACAGUAAAUGAGAGAAUCAGUGUGCCUAAACAGAGCUCCAUCCAAAUUGAGUGUCGAGUACAGGCUGCACCUUUCAAAGAGGAUAAGACUCUUAUUUUCGAACCUUAUGAGAAUCCACAGUGGCCUGAAGGACUGGACUUUUGUGAUACCCUUGUGUCAGUGAAGGCAGGCAUGACCCCAAAAAUCAUUGUUAGUGUGCAAAACCCUACAGGUCAUGACAUUACGCUGCCCGGAAGGACUGUUAUUGGAACUGUACAGUCAGUGAGGUCAGUGUAUCCUGCCAACAUAUUUAAAACAGAUCAUCUAACAACUGCAUCCAUUCAUCAUGUCCAGGCCCAGAGUUCCAGUGAAAGCAUCCCUGCACAUGAACCUUGGGAUCCUCCUGUGGAUUUGACUCACCUGGAAGAACAUCAGAGACAAAUAGUCCGUCAGAUGUCAGAGUCAUUUUCUAAGUCUGAUAAUGACAUAGGCUGUGUGGAAAACCUACAAAUGGACAUUUCACUAAAAGAUGUUGAGCCAGUGUCAAAAGCAUAUCUCUCUGUUCCAAAGCCUUUGUACAAAGAGAUGAAAGACUACUUACGGGACUUGAUAGCGCAAGGGUGGGUUGAAAAAUCUACCUCUUCCUACUCCUCCCCAGUUGUCUGUGUAAGAAAAAAAGACGGUACGCUGCGCUUAUGUAUUGACUACAGGGAGCUCAAUAGGAAAACUCACCCAGACCGCCACCCCAUCCCCAGAGUACAGGACAUUAUGGACACUCUGGGGGGAAACACCCUCUUUUCACUGCUGGACCAGGGUAAGGCAUAUCACCAGGGGUUCAUGUCAAAGGACAGUAGACACUUAACAGCUUUUGUGACCCCCUGGGGCCUGUAUGAGUGGGUCCGAAUCCCAUUUGGGCUCAUGAAUGCACCUGCAGCAUUCCAGCGCUGCAUGGAACAGUGCUUAGAGGGCUUAAGGGAUGAAAUAUGUGUGCCUUAUCUCGAUGACGUUCUUGUGUUUAGCAAAACCUUUGAGGAUCAUGUCAGUGAUGUCAGAAGGGUGCUGCGACGACUGAGGGGACAUGGGAUAAAACUGAAACCCAAGAAAUGUGACCUGUUUAAGGCGGAAGUACGGUACCUUGGGAGGAUUGUGUCUGCUGAGGGAAACAGGAUGGACUCUGCUGAUACUGCUGCAGUAAGGGCUCUGAAAGACAAGCAGCCAGGUACUGUUGGUGAACUAAGAGCAAUAUUAGGACUGUUGAGUUAUUACCGGCAGUACAUCAAGGAUUUUUCACGUAUUGCCUGCCCCUUG